CAAUUUUAUCAUUUGUCUUCUGUCAUCAGGUGAUUUGGGUUUGGGAGUAAAAAAUCCUGAAUUGGGAUAAAACGCAAAUUAAUUCCUAAAUCAAAAUGUCUGGGAAAGAUAGAUUAGCGAUUUUCCCUUCUCGGGGUGCCCAGAUGUUAAUUAAGGGUCGCCUGGCUGGUGCAGUGAAAGGCCAUGGUCUCCUCAAGAAGAAGGCUGAUGCCCUUCAAGUGAGGUUCCGUAUGAUCUUGAGCAAAAUCAUUGAGACUAAAACCCUUAUGGGUGAAGUGAUGAAAGAAGCUGCUUUCUCUUUGGCUGAAGCUAAGUUCACAACCGGAGACUUCAACCAAGUUGUGCUACAAAAUGUUACCAAGGCUCAAAUCAAGAUUAGGUCCAAGAAGGACAAUGUUGCUGGUGUCACCCUCCCAAUCUUUGAGUCAUACCAGGAUGGUUCUGAUACCUACGAGUUGGCUGGUUUGGCCCGUGGUGGGCAGCAGCUUGCAAAGCUGAAGAAGAACUUCCAGAGUGCUGUGAAGCUUUUGGUCGAGUUAGCUUCACUGCAGACUUCAUUUGUCACUCUCGACGAGGUUAUUAAGAUCACGAAUAGACGUGUCAACGCCAUUGAGCACGUAAUCAUUCCCCGGCUGGAACGUACACUCGCGUACAUCAUCUCCGAGCUGGACGAGCUUGAGCGUGAGGAGUUCUACCGUCUCAAGAAGAUCCAGGACAAGAAGAAGAUUAUCAAGGACAAGGCAGAAGCGAAAAAAGCCGCUCUCCUGGCUGCCGGCAACGACUUGCGCGGCGGGGUCACCAACUUGCUGGAUGAGGGCGAUGAGGACUUGCUGUUCUAAGUCCAGACGUAGCACUCCAUACAUAGCCUGUUUGUAGACCGCAGCGGAGCGUCGAAGAAAUAACAAAAAUAAAA